ACGACAAGACCCUCUAACAAUAGUUUACUUGAUCAACCAACCACGGCUAUCCUAGCAGGAAUUGCUGACUUUAAACAUGCAUGCAUCCUCUGUAUAUGCUAGUAAAAUUAAGGUAAUUGAUAACAAUACAAUUACACUGCAAAAAGCCAGUUCUUGUUAGUACUGCAAGUCAUGGCUAAAACUAUUGCAAGUGAAGCAACCAAUCUCUUCUUUCCUAUAGCACUCCUCUUACCCAUCAUCUUUCUCAUCCUAAAGCAUUUCAAAUCUUAUUUCCUAUCAAAAACUACCCUACCACUUCCACCAGGACCAAGUCCAUGGCCAAUAUUAGGCAAUGUUCUCGAAAUGGGAAAAAAGCCUCACAUCUCUCUAGCAAACCUUGCUCAGUCAUAUGGUCCAAUCAUGUCACUGAGACUAGGAACUGGAACCAUGAUCAUCGGAUCAUCGAGAACUGCUGCAGAGGAAAUUCUCAAGACCCAUGAUCGUAUGUUGUCUGGACGACAUGUUCCUCAUUCAGUACCAGCUAAGUUCUCAAAAUUAAAUGAUGCAUCUGUUGGGUGGGCAGUGGAGUGCAAUGAUAGAUGGAAGAAUCUAAGAACAAUAUGCCGAACUGAGCUCUUCUCGGCCAAGGCAAUGGAGUCUCAAGCAUGUUCGAGAGAAAAAAAGGUGUUGGACAUGGUGCAGUUUUUGAGUGCAAAAGAGGGAAAUGAAGUGAAAAUUGGCGAAGUGGCUUUUGCCACUGUGUUUAACAUAUUGAGUAAUCUUCUAUUAUCGAGUGAUUUUAUGAGCUUUGAGAAGGAGAUUGUGGAUAAAGGGAUGAAGGCUCUUUUGGCAAAAUAUGUUGAGCUGAUUGGAGCUCUAAAUGUGUCCGACUUGUAUCCAAUUUUAGGUGCAUUAGAUCUUCAGGGUAUAAACAAGAAGACAAUGGAAGUGUUUAUGAGCGUCUGUUCCAUGUGGGAGCCCAUUAUCAAAGACAGAAGAGAAGGAAGAAGCAGAGGCAAUGCUUCAAGCCAAACGGACUUCUUGGACGCCCUCAUUGACAUUUCUUGCACCAAUGAACAAAUCAAUUAUCUGCUCCUGGAGCUAUUCGCUGCUGGUACAGACUCUAGUACCAAUGCUAUUGAGUGGGCGAUGGCAGAACUGAUAAAAAGUCCAGAAUCCAUGAAGAAAGUCCGCGAAGAAAUGACGAGAGAAAUCAAACAAGAUGUGCUAAAAGAAUCACAUCUACCUCAGCUACAUUACCUACAAGCCGUUUUCAAAGAAACUCUAAGGCUGCACCCUCCAGCACCACUUCUGAUUCCUCGCCGUGCACCUGACUCGUACAAAGUGAUGAAUUACUCCAUUCCUAAGAAUUCUCAAGUAGUAGUAAACGUUUGGGCGAUUGGGCGAGACCCCAUGUAUUGGGACGAUCCAUUGAAAUUUAAGCCAGAGAGGUUCCUCAACUCGACUUUGGAUUUCAAAGGGCAUGAUCUUGAGUUCUUACCCUUCGGUGCAGGAAGAAGAAUCUGCCCUGCCUUACCCUUGGCAGCAAAGUUUGUUCCUUUCGUACUUGCUUCAUUGAUUCAUACUUUUGAUUGGUCACUUCCACAUGGAAAUGAUCACAAUGAGCUAGACAUGAAUGAAAAGAUUUCUCUGUUAUUGGUGAAGGAAAUACCCUUGGUCCUCAUUCCCACACUUAGGAAAUAAGCAACGGAUUGCUAGCUCCAAUCUACCUUAUCUUCCUAGCUAUCAUAUACUACUAUUACAAUAAUCACACUUGUUUGUGUUCAUCAAAGAUAUGGCUCAUUACAUCAGUUUUCAACUAUGAAAGCUUAAGUUUAUUUCAAUACAUACUUCUUGUAUCAAUAAAAGAUAUAUCAUAUGAUCACUAGCAUCAAUGGUACUUUUGUGUGUU